GUGGUUGUGGAAGGCGGGCAGAGGGAGAGACGUGGGAGCACUGGACUGAAGUGCUGUGGGACGGGGGCCCGCGCAGGAGGCGGGCACUGGAGCUCUGGGCAGAGCUGUCUGUCGGGCCGGGGCAGCUUCACGUUCACAGUGUCCUCCCCCUCGGGCCCUGCCGCAGAGAGGAAGCUCCUGCCAGCUGAGUGGGCCCUGGAGGAAGUGAGCAGCCGACCUCCCCCCUCCUGGCCUGGCCCCCGAAGCCCCCACAAGAACCCGGAACCUGCUUUUAUUCAGAACCCAGGGACCACCCCUUGUGCCCAGUAGGCCUUGGGUUUCCUGCGUGGAGAAAGCGGCCUGGCUUGGAGGCAGGCGAUGGAGCUGGAGUCCUUGUAUGACCUGCUGCAGCUCCCCAAGGGAGUGGAGCCCCCAGCAGAGGAGGAGCUCCCACAAGGAGGAAAGAAGAAAUACCUGCCACCCACUUCCCGGAAGGACCCCAGAUUUGAAGCACUGCAAAAGGUGCUGAUGGAGUGGAUCAACGCCACUCUUCUCCCAGAGCACAUCGUGGUCCGCAGCCUGGAGGAGGACAUGUUCGACGGGCUCAUCCUGCACCACCUGUUCCAGAAGUUGGCAGCGCUCAAACUGGAAGCAGAGGACAUCGCCCUGACAGCCGCGAGCCAGAGGCACAAGCUCACCGUGGUGCUGGAGGCCGUGAACCAGAGUCUGCAGCUGGAGGAGCGGCAGGCCAAGUGGAGCGUGGAGACCAUCUUCAACAAGGACCUGCUGUCCACCCUGCACCUUCUUGUGGCCCUGGCCAAGCGCUUUCAGCCUGACCUGUCCCUCCCAACCAACGUCCAGGUGGAGGUCAUCACCAUUGAGAGCACCAAGAGUGGUCUGAAGUCAGAGAAGUUGAUGGAGCAGCUCACCGAAUGCAGCACAGACCAGGACCAGCCUCCGAACGACGUCUUUGAUGAAUUAUUUAAGCUGGCUCCGGAGAAAGUGAACGCAGUGAAAGAGGCCAUCGUGAACUUUGUCAACCAGAAGCUGGACUGCCUGGGCCUGUCUGUGCAGAAUCUGGAAACCCAGGCUCUGCGUCUCUCACGAGCACCCGAAGGAGCAGAAUCUUGGGGGUCAGCACUGACCGUGGGCUGUGGCUUUCCACAGUGGCGCUGUGCCUGCAAUGCAAGGGAUGGGGGCAGAGGAGCAGAGUGGCUGCCAGCCCGGCGCCUGCAGAGUGGGCAUGGAGUCUGCUGGAUGCCAGUGGCCUCAGUGGAACAUGACUUUGCAGAUGGGGUCAUCUUACUCUUGCUGAUUGGACAACUUGAAGGCUUCUUCCUGCACUUAAAGGAAUUCUACCUCACGCCCAACUCUCCUGCAGAAAUGCUGCACAACGUCACCCUAGCGCUGGAGCUGCUGAAGGAGGAGGGUCUGCUUAGCUGCCCCGUCAGCCCUGAAGACAUUGUGAACAAGGACGCCAAGAGCACGCUGCGGGUGCUGUACGGGCUGUUCUGCAAACACAGGCAGAAUGCACACAGGGGUGCAACGCCCCAGGGAGCCCCGAAUUGACCCUCAUCGCCCCCAGAGCCCACGGCCUGCCUGCCAGCCCAGCUGGAGGGCCCGAGGCCGCAGGGGUCCUCCCACAGUCCCACUGUUCUCUGUGCAUUUGUGACCCGCUUCCCUCCCACCCCAUCUCCUGUCUCCAUUGUCGGAUUAUCUUUGAACCCCCUCGUGUGGAUCAUUUUGAGCUGCCUGGCCUUGCUCAGUUUAUUUUAAUAAAAGUAUUGCUGGCCAGA